GGUCGGACUCACCGCGCAGCCGAGGUGCCGACAGGCCGGUACAUUAAGCCCAAUCCAGACGCUGUUGCCGCUGGACGAAGAGAAAACCAGGGGCACGAUGGCGUCGUCGCGCUCCAUCUCGCCUCCCGCUUCUCCUCCUCGUCCUUAUCCGAGUACUGACAGGUUCUCGGACUCCCUUUGCUUUCUCCAGUACACCGCUUCUCUCAAAUGCCUAGAAGCUAAUCGGGACAAGAGCAAAUGUCAACAGCAAUUUGAUGAUUACAAAGAAUGCAAGAAGAAAGAGAGGGAGGCCAGGUUAGAAAGAAAUCGGAAAAAAUCUUUCUUCCACUAGAUGGAACAGCAGUAAAGAUUUUCACUCAACAAGCUUUCGCAGUUGUCUUCGGGUGUAUGAAACCCACAAACUUGUUUAUUACAUGAAAGAAAGCAGUAUGUUUCCGCAAUAGUGUCAGAUGAACUUCAGCCAGGCACCAGGAGUAUCCAAGUGGCUGACAUCACCGGCAACGAAUGACCAAGAAAAAUAUUUCCAUGUAUAGUUUGCAUUUCGCUUACAAGUUUAAUCUACAUGGAUCCUUGGAAACAGAAUAAUGUGACAUUUGGUGUUUCAUGGCCUCCCAUAGGAGCAAUAUUGUUGUUCUGGCUUAUAAAAAUUUGAUACCGUACCACAAGUCUAUUGCAGAAUGGAUUUCUAGAAUCUCAUAAUUGUUACAUGUUAGUUGUCACCUAAGAUUGCCCUUUCCAGUGGGCUGAUGUUGCAGGUUGCACAUGUGGAUAACCAGACAGCCAUUUGUGAGGAUUUAGUGCUUUGUCUAAUUGUUUCUGAUAUU